AUGGCUACAAACGACGACGAACCUCCACAACGCAAGCGUAAGGUCCAAGGAACCACCGUGCCACCGAGAACAGUUACGGGAGGUUUUACCGUGGUCAAUGGAAUAUUCGUUAAAGUGGAGAAUCCAGUCGAUGAUGAUCAUGUUGAAUGGUCAUCGGACGAUGAUGUCGAUCCGGUUCUUGCACAAAAGUAUCAUCUCCAACUUCAAGAAUCCGACGGCUUAAACUUCCAGUUGUUGGAAUUAGUGAAAUAUAAUUCAUGUCUUCGUGGUAUUUGUGCUUACUAUAUAAACAUGGAAGUUAUGGAUCCAGCAGACAGUUCACAUUUCACUUUCCAGACGUGUGUUGUGAGAGUUGGUUCUAUGAGUAACGGAGACAAUCGAAUAAUAACUGAAGUUUGUAGAAUAAAACCCAAACCUGAAGGUUCUGGAGACGAAAAUUGGCGGUGGGAUGAUGAAACAAUUGAUGAUUUCUACAAUGGCAAUAUACCCGAGUGGCUUUCGUACAGUGCUUUGGCACAAUCCAGUGAUAAGCAGAAGCAAUAUUACGAGGUGCUAGAAUCAGAAAUUCAAGAAAACGACUGGCUUAAUCUGUAUACUGAGUUUGCAUUUCAUUCGAUACGGGAAAGACGCUUGACGAGGCUCAAGUCUACUGUGCCUUUGAAGAUCAAGAAAGUGGUCGUGCAGACUCGUGAAAAUGUGGAGUCAAGUAAGAAGUUGAAGUCUGAGAAUGCGAUCUUUUACAUUAGCUUCAGUGACUGUGGUCAGACAGAAGAUCACAGAGCAAUUGUAAGAAGAACCACAGAUGGGAUUCCAGGCCACGUUUGUCUUGAAGUCAAGGUUAAUGAGCUUGACUAA